CCGGCAGAGAGCAGAAACAGAGAGGUACGAGUCAGUCAGUGAGUGGAGUAGUGGCGACGAGAAGCAAGACGCUCGAUGGCGUCUUCCACGUUGAGGGUCACGCGGUGCUUUAUCAGCAGACAACUCAACGGAAGAAGAGGGCUAUCCGCGGCAGUAGCAGCAAAUGCCUCAAUUCCCAGCGGUUGUGGCGGCGCCGCCGGCGCCUCCGCCGCGCUCCAAGGGUUUCCACCCGGCGCUCGGCAAGCCUUGUCGUCGUCCGCAAGGCCCGCCACCAACACUGCGGAUGGUUCCUCGGACCCCUCUCCGUCCGAGUCCGACUGGGAUGAAGGCGGCGGCGGCGGCGGCAGGGGGGCAGGGGCAGUUUUUGGAGGAGUAGGUGGGCCGCAGAGUCUGGAGGCUCGUGAGUGGAACCCAUCGGUGCGGAGGAGCGGGGCGUUAGCGAUGAAGGUUGGUUCGAUGGCAAUCUUCGAUUCUUGGGGGGUGCGCCACCCAGUGACCGUCCUGCAGUUGGACGAGUGCGAGGUUGUGCAGGUGAAGACCACGGAGACCGACGGUUACACGUCCUUGCAGCUGGGCGUCGGAGAGCGCAAGACGAAGAACGUGAACAAGCCAGACGCGGAAAGAUUCCGCCGGGCUGGGGUCAACCCCAAGCGGAAGCUGAUGGAGUUUCGCGUGAGCGCCGAGGCGUUGCUGCCGGUGGGCUUCCAGCUCCGAGCGCAGCACUUCGUGGCGGGGCAGAAGGUGGACGUGUGCGGCACCUCCAAGGGGAAGGGCUUCCAGGGAGGCAUGAAGCGGUGGGGCUUCAAGGGGCAGCGGGCCUCGCACGGUGUGUCGAAGACUCCCAGGCACAUCGGAUCAACCGGCCAGUGCCAGGACCCUGGACGAGUGUUCAAGGGCAAGAAGAUGCCCGGGCGGAUGGGGACGGACAGGGUCACGGUUCAAAACCUCAAGAUCCUCAAGAUGGAUCCGGUGCGAGAGCUUCUGUUCGUCAGGGGCCACGUGCCGGGUCAAAACGGUGGAUUCGUACGCGUCACCGACGCUAUCAAGGGCGCUGCGUUCCCGUCGGACCCUCCUUUCCCCUCCUUCGUGGCGGUGGCGGAAGGAGACGGGGACGACUCGUCCCUGCAGGAGAUUUGGUGCCCGCAGGGGGAGGAGGACCCGCUGGAAAUUGUUGACGAAGACUGAGUUUGAUCUUCUCUCUCUUUGUGUAUGUGUCUGUGUGUUUUUUUUUUUUUCAGCGCACCGAUUUGCAUGUUAAGUGAGAGAGAAAGAGAGGAAACGUAAGACAGACCCGUUCUGAUUGGAAGAUGUGAGAAGAGAGAAAGAAGG